AAAAGAAUGAUUAAUUCUGCACAUUUCUUAAGGCAGAGAAUGCCUUCAUUAAUAAUAUUCCUUUUAUUUUUGAGCAUACUUUUAAUAAUGUCACAAUUCACAAAUGCAACUGUUAGAGAAAGAAGACAAUGAUUUAUCCUCUUCAAACUCAAUGUGGAAAACUCCAAAUGGAACAGUCGGGGCGAAUGGCACAUCAUCCGGAAACGCAGCUGGAACCGGUCCCAGUAAUGUUAUGAGCCAGUCAAAUGCUAUGGCUGGGGCAAACUCGGCGUCUAACAAUGGAAACGUAAAUGCUGUCGGAGCGAAUAGCAGAACAUCGGGGAUGAGUGCUUCAAGUAAAAGAAAAAAUUUUUUAAGAGGCAAAAGAGUAAUUUAA